AUGAGCCAACGAGUUGUCGCCGUGGCAGAUGGCGAGGAGCGAGACUGGCUGUUCGAAACAGUGAGAGACGGAGACCUGGCCGAGGCCAAAGAAGCAUUGGCCAAAGUGAACAUGUCCGAGCUGCACAGCAGCCUGAAGCAAAACGCACUGUUUUUUGUAGCAGCUCGACGCCGCCGUGGCUGUGUGCUGCUGGCGAAACUCUGCAUCAGACAAGGCGUUGACCUCGAGCAGGUAGACACCAACCAGCAGACGCCGUUGUUUUGGGCUGCGGCUUCCGGGAAUCUGGCCAUGUUGGAGUUCCUCCUCAACUUCGGCUUCGAGGUGAACUUCAGAGACCUCAACAGAAAAACUGCGCUGUUCUUUGCCAUCAGCUACAAGCACUGGGAAGCGGUGAACUUUCUCAUAGAGCGCGGGGCUUCGUUGGACGUGAGGUCCACCAGCGGACAAAAGCCACGAUCCAUGCUGAAAUCUGCUCAGCACGAAAUUCCGGAAAGGAAGCGCAAAAGAGCUCCUCCAGCGCCGGCCAGCGCAUGUCCAGGCGCGCCAACGAAGAUCCGCUUUGCUUUGUGGGAAUGGGGGGACGAGGAUAGCGAUCCUUUGAUCGAAAGAACAUCCGAGAACGUCGUCGUGGAGAACGCAGAGCGCAUGGAGCGUGAGUUCUGCUCUGAUCACGCUCACCUUCAUGAGCAUCACCAAUGGUACAAUGGUUUGGAGCCACAGCAAGCUGCUGGCUUGGUCAACGUCUCCUUUAAAGAUGAGAAGUCUUACUUGCAACGGAUUGACGAGCUCGCAACUGCAUCAUGCGAUACCGGCUUCACCCUACCAGCUGUCUCGCGUGAAACUCGAACAGUGGCUGGGUACGUCCAUGCAACUUUCGAUAGCGAGACGUUGAAAAUUAAGCAAUGUAAGGUGGACAGGCCCCACCAAGGAAAGGGCCUGGGGGGUCUGCUGCUCCAGGCCGCCGAGGAGCGUGCCCGCAAUCUCGGGGCUUCAUUCUGCAAGGUCAAGUUGACCGUCCUGGACAGCAAUGAGCCUGCCAAGAAGUGCUACGCCAAAGCCGGCUUCAAUGUUUUCUCCAGAAGACCUUCGAUUUUUCCGCCUUGUUCGUGUCCAGAAGGCCAAUGCGGCCACCAGAAGAUGCAAUGGUUGGUUGGCAACAGCGCUCUGCCUGACAUGUGCCAUGCCAGUCCAGUCGGAUACAAUAAGAAGGUCGCCAGUUUUGAACUGUUCGUCAUGGUCAUAUUGACCUAUACCGCCGCGGACAUCUCCCCGGCCCUCGCCGCAAGCAUGAAGAUGUUGAAGCUAUUUCGGAUCAUGCGCGUCUUCCGAGUCUUCCGAUUCUUCAGAGAGCUCGGGAACUGGGCGAUGAUGAUCAUCGAUUCCUUGAAGUCGCUGUUCGGGGCAUUGAUCCUCCUCGGUAUCAUUGUCUACGUCUUUGCGGUGAGCCUUUCCAUGAACACUGCAGACUGGCUUCUCCAACAGGGCUCGGUCACGCAGCAUGCAAAGUUGUCGUCCAUAAGCAGUCUGACUGAUAGCUUUUGCCAGCCUUUGCUUCAACCGGCUUCCACUUUCCUGUCUGGUCGGAUCACGGUGGCAGACGUGGAACCCUCCAUGCACCUCAAUGACCUUCCAAACCGGCAGGAAUCUGCUGGCAUGGUGGAUCGAAUGCUCUACGAGGAUGUAGAGACCUGGUUCGGCUCGCUGGGCUCAACGGUUUAUACAUUGAUGCUGUCGAUCCUUGGGGGCGUCAGCUGGCACAUCGUCUGCGACCUCCUCUUCAGAAUCGACAUCCUGUCAGCGUGCAUGCUCCUGUUUUACAUUAUGUUUACCAUCUUCUCUGUGCUGAACGUGAUCACAGGAGUCUUCGUGGACUCGGCCAUUCAGACGACGAACUCCCAGCGGGACAUUCAGAUCGAGCGAGAGCUCGAGUUGAAGGACUCCUUCCUGAAGUCUCUCAAGGACUUCUUCGAGGCUUUGGACACGGACGGCAACGGCGCGAUCCAUUUGGAUGAGAUCAAGAUCAUGCUGCAGGACCAGACACUCGCCGCCUACUUCGCAGUGCUGGGCUUUGACGAAGUCAAUGCGCACCAAAUCUUCCACCUGCUCGACGACGAUGAGUCCGGCGAGGCGCAAGACGGGGCAGAUGACGGCGAAGCUUUGGCUGCCUUGGUCACCGAGAACGAGGACCUCGAGUUCAAGGAGGACGGCAGCGGGAAGGUUGUCGUCAAGUCAACUGGUCAUGAGAUGCCUCCUCGACUUGAGGUUGUCAAGACCUACUUGAGCGGCGCGAAGUAUCGGAAGGCUCGUGAGUGGUAUGGCUACGACUUCAGCAAGUUUGAGCCGUACAUCAUUCCGCACGAGAAGCAGAAAAAGUUUCUCUUCUGCACGGUGACCGGAACCACUUUGCCUAUGCAGCCCAAGAAGGUAGAACGGCACGUAGAGAGCAAGCGGUACAAGGAGCUCCUCCGAGUGAAGGAGGAGCAGGCGAAGAAGAAAGCCGAGAAAUCGGCGUUGAAGCGGAAGCUCAGGGCCCAGGCCAAAGGCAAGCCGAAGGCCAAGGGUGCCAAGGCCCUGAAGCCGAAGGCAAAGCAAGGAUCGCCAGCCGUAAGCAGCCCGAUAGAAAAAGGUUCAGCUGGCGAAGAGGCGAAGAAGCAACCUGCUAGAAGCAAGCUGCUGAAGCGGAAGAAGGACAUGCCGCAAGGUGUCGUGAAAAAGAAGCCGAAGAAGCAGAAGCAGGCGUAG